GAGUAGAUGAAGUCAUUAGUAGAAACCAGGAACACUGAAGAAAUAGUGAACAAUUUCUUUGAGUUAUCAAAGUGACAUGUCCUGUAAGUAGCUAGAUGUACUGGCUUGUAACUCAGGAGAGCUGCCGCGUCCUGUGUAAUAGGAAAAGCUACUCCUGGAUGAUGUCUAAAGCCAGAUGGCAGAAUUUAGGGGAUGGGUUAGACCUGCACUUGUUUUCAUGGAGAAGAGGCGGGUAUAAAGUGGCAGGGUGAGAUUACUGUAAAAUAUCUGCAUUCAAAGGGCUAAGAAAAAGAGAAAAUGCUGGAAAGGCUACUUGUUAUAAACGCAGCCGGGCACGUUAAAACAAAUCACGAAGCACAGGCGGCCAGUCUGGGUGGCUAAGUUAAGACCCGGCGUGAUUCCGUGUGCACAGAUAGAUACACAAAAGGGAAAGAGCCCCUUCUCGCCGGAAGCACAACCUCUGCCCUCUGGGGCAUUACACAUUCCUCCGCGCCGGAAGAACGCGUCGCGCCUCGCGUCGCCUCACCUCGCCCAGUCGGCUUCCCUCUAUACCGUAGCACUGAUAAAGGAGAUCGUGCCCCUCUCCAAACCCCACCAAGAGCGAGCCGCGUGGAGUCGUUGGACUGGGCUGAACUUUGGCAGGCAAGGGGAGAAACAGCCAUACUGGGCUGCCGGGCAAAAAAGGCAUAAGGAAGGGUCAGACACACAGGCUUCGCGCCGCUGCGGAAGGAUUCUGUUUCCUGCAGGGAGCCGAGGGCUUUGACAGCACGGUAACUUCCGGUAAAGUCCUGAACCUCAGAGGAAAAGCCCUGCGAGAAACAAUAACAAACGGGAGCAGGAAGCGAUUCUGGGGUUUCUGUGUUGAACAGUUCUCGUCCGCGAAGAUGCGCUUCGGCCUGUGUCAGGGGACGUGAACAAACUCGGCUUCAGCCAGCUUUUCACCACCUGUUCCCCACGGGGACCCCCGCCCCCGCCGUUGCAAUGGCGGGCGUGGGGCCGGGGGGCUACGCGGCGGAGUUCGUGCCACCCCCAGAGUGCCCUGUCUUUGAGCCGAGCUGGGAGGAGCUCACAGAUCCUCUCAGCUUUAUCGGUCGCAUCCGGCUUUUGGCGGAGAAAACCGGCAUCUGCAAAAUUCGGCCGCCCAAGGAAUAUGCCCUUUCUGGUUGGAAUUUGAAUAACAUGCCUGUCCUGGAACAGUCUGUUCUUGCACAUAUUAAUGUGGACAUCUCUGGUAUGAAAGUGCCAUGGCUUUAUGUGGGAAUGUGUUUCUCUUCUUUUUGCUGGCACAUUGAAGAUCACUGGAGUUAUUCCAUCAACUACUUGCACUGGGGGGAGCCAAAGACAUGGUAUGGUGUGCCAUCUCAUGCUGCAGAACAACUGGAGGAGGUGAUGAGAGAACUCGCUCCAGAGUUAUUUGAAUCCCAGCCUGAUCUUCUGCAUCAAUUAGUCACCAUCAUGAACCCCAAUGUGCUAAUGGAGCAUGGUGUGCCUGUGUACAGGACCAAUCAGUGUGCUGGAGAGUUUGUCGUGACAUUUCCUCGUGCCUAUCACUCUGGAUUUAACCAGGGCUACAACUUUGCUGAAGCUGUGAACUUCUGUACUGCUGACUGGUUGCCCAUUGGACGUCAGUGUGUAAAUCAUUACCGACGCCUAAGGCGCCAUUGUGUCUUUUCACAUGAGGAACUUAUUUUCAAGAUGGCAGCAGAUCCAGAAUGCUUAGAUGUGGGGCUGGCUGCCAUGGUCUGCAAAGAAUUGACUCUCAUGACUGAAGAAGAAACACGAUUAAGAGAGUCUGUUGUACAGAUGGGUGUCCUGAUGUCAGAAGAAGAAGUGUUUGAACUUGUUCCUGAUGAUGAGCGACAGUGUUCAGCAUGCAGAACCACGUGUUUUCUCUCCGCUCUCACAUGUUCCUGUAAUCCUGAGCGGCUUGUAUGUCUCUACCAUCCAACUGAUCUGUGCCCCUGCCCCAUGCAGAAGAAAUGUCUUAGAUAUCGCUACCCAUUAGAAGACCUCCCUUCUCUGCUUUAUGGUGUAAAAGUCAGGGCACAGUCCUAUGACACUUGGGUCAGUCGUGUUACAGAAGCAUUGUCUGCUAACUUCAACCACAAAAAAGAUUUGAUUGAAUUGCGAGUAAUGCUGGAAGAUGCUGAGGAUAGGAAAUACCCAGAGAAUGAUCUCUUUCGAAAACUCAGGGAUGCUGUGAAAGAAGCUGAGACCUGUGCUUCUGUGGCUCAGCUGCUUCUGAGCAAAAAGCAGAAACACAGACAGAGCCCAGAUAGUGGGAGGACUCGGACCAAACUGACAGUGGAAGAAUUGAAGGCCUUUGUCCAACAACUUUUUAGUCUUCCGUGUGUCAUCAGCCAAGCUCGGCAAGUGAAGAAUCUGCUAGAUGAUGUGGAAGAGUUUCAUGAACGUGCUCAGGAGGCCAUGAUGGAUGAAACCCCAGAUUCUUCCAAACUCCAGAUGUUAAUAGAUAUGGGCUCUAGUCUCUAUGUGGAACUCCCUGAAUUACCACGACUGAAGCAAGAGCUACAACAGGCUCGGUGGUUGGACGAAGUAAGACUGACCCUAUCAGAUCCACAACAAGUCACUUUGGAUGUCAUGAAGAAACUAAUAGACUCUGGGGUAGGGUUGGCACCCCACCAUGCUGUGGAGAAAGCAAUGGCUGAACUACAGGAGCUCCUUACAGUGUCUGAACGAUGGGAAGAAAAGGCUAAGGUCUGCCUACAGGCAAGACCACGGCACAGUGUGGCAAGUUUAGAAAGCAUUGUGAAUGAAGCAAAGAACAUUCCAGCCUUUCUACCCAAUGUGUUGUCCUUGAAAGAAGCCUUACAAAAGGCUCGAGAAUGGACAUCUAAAGUGGAAGCUAUUCAGAGUGGCAGCAACUAUGCUUAUUUAGAGCAGCUUGAGAGCUUGUCUGCAAAAGGACGCCCUAUCCCUGUGCGUCUUGAAGCACUGCCGCAAGUGGAAUCACAGGUAGCAGCAGCACGAGCAUGGAGAGAACGGACUGGGCGGACCUUUCUUAAGAAGAAUUCUAGCCAUACGUUGUUACAGGUGCUGAGCCCCCGGACUGACAUUGGCGUAUAUGGGAGUGGCAAAAAUAGGAGGAAAAAAGUGAAAGAACUAAUAGAAAAAGAAAAAGAAAAGGAUCUGGACCUGGAGCCUCUGAGUGAUCUGGAGGAAGGAUUGGAGGAAACAAGAGAUACAGCCAUGGUGGUGGCAGUUUUUAAAGAACGGGAGCAAAAAGAGAUUGAAGCCAUGCAUUCCCUCAGAGCAGCCAACCUAGCCAAGAUGACCAUGGUGGACCGCAUAGAAGAAGUAAAAUUUUGCAUUUGCCGUAAGACAGCCAGUGGGUUUAUGCUACAGUGUGAGCUCUGCAAAGACUGGUUCCAUAACAACUGUGUUCCUCUCCCUAAAUCAAGUUCUCAAAAAAAAGGAUCCAGCUGGCAAGCUAAAGAAGUAAAAUUCCUUUGCCCUCUUUGUAUGCGGUCUCGAAGGCCCAGGCUAGAGACUAUUCUGUCACUCCUGGUAUCCCUUCAGAAGUUGCCUGUACGGUUGCCUGAAGGAGAGGCCCUACAGUGUUUGACAGAGCGUGCUAUGAGUUGGCAAGAUAGAGCACGGCAGGCUCUAGCCACAGAUGAACUAUCCUCUGCCCUGGCCAAACUGUCUGUGUUGAGCCAGCGUAUGGUGGAACAGGCAGCUCGAGAAAAAACUGAAAAGAUCAUCAGCGCAGAACUCCAAAAAGCAGCUGCCAAUCCAGACUUACAGGGACACUUACCUAGUUUCCAGCAGUCUGCUUUUAACCGGGUGGUAAGCAGUGUGUCAUCUUCUCCUCGACAAACAAUGGACUAUGACGACGAAGAAACAGAUUCUGAUGAAGAUAUUCGAGAGACAUAUGGCUACGACAUGAAGGACACAGCCAGUGUGAAGUCCUCUAGUAGUCUUGAACCCAAUCUUUUUUGUGAUGAAGAAAUUCCCAUCAAAUCUGAGGAGGUGGUGACUCACAUGUGGACAGCACCUUCAUUUUGUGCAGAGCAUGCUUAUUCUUCUGCUUCAAAGAGUUGUUCUCAAGGUUCUAGCACCCCAAGGAAACAACCUCGGAAGAGCCCUUUGGUGCCCCGAAGUUUGGAACCUCCAGUGCUGGAGUUGUCACCUGGAGCUAAGGCCCAAUUGGAAGAACUUAUGAUGGUUGGAGAUCUCCUGGAAGUAUCUCUGGAUGAGACUCAACACAUAUGGCGGAUUUUGCAGGCCACACACCCACCCUCCGAAGACAGAUUCUUACAUAUCUUGGAGGAUGACAGCAUGGAAGAGAAACCACUGAAAGUGAAAGGAAAGGACUCUUCAGAGAAGAAACGGAAGCGGAAGCUAGAAAAGGUAGAGCAACUUUUUGGAGAAGGAAAACAGAAGUCCAAGGAGUUAAAGAAAAUGGACAAACCUAAAAAGAAGAAAUUAAAGUUAAGUACAGACAAAUCAAAGGAGUUGAAUAAACUGGCCAAGAAACUAGCAAAAGAAGAAGAGAGAAAGAAAAAGAAGGAGAAGGCUGCUGCAGCCAAAGUUGAACUUGUGAAAGAGAGCACUGAGAAGAAAAGAGAGAAAAAAGUGCUGGACAUCCCCUCAAAGUAUGACUGGUCAGGAGCAGAGGACUCUGAUGAUGAGAAUGCUGUAUGUGCAGCACAAAACUGCCAAAGGCCCUGCAAGGACAAGGGAGUUGUAUUUGUAACGAAGAAGAGAAGAAUAAAAAAUAUUAGUUUUAAAAGUGGCCUAUGUGACUGCUUUUCUAAAAAGGUAGACUGGGUACAAUGUGAUGGUGGCUGUGAUGAGUGGUUUCAUCAAGUUUGUGUGGGUGUAUCUCCAGAAAUGGCUGAAAAUGAAGAUUACAUCUGUAUAAACUGUGCAAAGAAGCAGGGGCCAGAUAGCCCAGGUCAAGCAACACCUCCUUCCUUCAUAAUGAGCUACAAACUACCAGUGGAGGAUCUUAAAGAGACAAGUUAGCAGAUGCUUGGUUAGUUUGGGACAUGGGGGGAAAUGGACCACAUUGAGACCUUAGUCAUCAAGUAGAGUGGUUUAUAUCCACUUGAAAUGUUGCUUCCAAAGAUGAAUGGCCUUCAGAGAAAGUCCUCUUAGUGCUGGCUUCCUCUUUGCAUGGACUCUGUGGGUUACAUUCUAUCUCAGCAUAUCUUUGCAGAGGGUGUCUUCUUUGGUACAGCAGCCAAUAUUUCAACUCAUGUUUCCUUUGAGUGUGGUUUAUUGCAUUAAGGCCAGAUGCUUGAUCGAGCUCUAGGGUGGCUGGUUGGUAUUAAUACAUUGGUGUGCUAACAGGGCAUGUAGGAUGUGGCUUAUGUCCAGUUGAUAUUACUUAGAGGCUUACAACUUAGGAGCAGCACCACCUGAAGGUGCUAAUUGCUUGGAUCUCCUUCAUUGGGAUAGUUGGAGAAGGUUUUCCAUUAUUACCUGGUACUUAAUGCCCUAAAGAUACAACUAGGAGUAACAGGGCCAAAGUUAUUUCUCUUAGACAUCAAGGAAUGAUAUCAGUCUAUUGACCUCAGAUAUUUGUGCUUGUUUGUGCUAGAAGAACACCCCAAAUAGGAGAACCUCUCACCAUCUGGGGCAGGUCACCUUAUCUUUGUGAGGAUGAGGGUGUCAUCUAGUUCAGAAAUCUGAUUAGAUUGGAUUCUGGGGAGAUGAACCUACUACAAGGCCAGGAGCCUUUUUUUGGCUUUGGAAAAAUCUUGCUGUCUUGGGUCUACAUUUUAGGAAAGAGCAGGUACAUGGAUCCAGGCUUCUGUCAAAGGCUUCUGUCAAAAAAGAAACGACGACGACGAUGAGUCAUACUAUCUUACUGAGCUGCAGUGAUGCAUGCUUUUUGGGGAAAACUUCAUUCACAAGUAUUCCAGACACCAGGCUUCAGGCAUGGCCAUGAGCAAGACCAGCAAAUAACAGCUUUUUGCCUUGCAGCCCUGACCCCAAUGUCUGCUGUUUCCAACACUGGCAAUUUCUAACUACAGCCCACAUUAGAUGCUGUUGAAUAACACCAUGGCUUCAUCAGAGGAUGGGGGUUGUAGUACCUCUGGGUGAUGAAGUUGUUUUAGUAAAUCCAUUUUUAAAAAGAAAAAAAAGGACUUGUUUUUACUUUUUUCUAAAUGUCUCUGACUACUGACUGUUCUAUAAAUAGAUUAUUUUUCCUUUUUUAAUAUACAUAUAUGAAUAUAUAAAUAUAUAUAUUUACUGUUACCAGCAGCAUAGGACAGAGUUUCAACAUCAAAAAUCCAUUUGGGGGCUUGCUUUUUUUUUUUCGCUUUAAAAAAAAAAAUCCCAUUCCUUCCUUGUAGUAUAAGGAAUUAGCACUCCCUCCUCCAUCCCAACCUGACCAGAUCUUCCCUUUUGUUCAAAUAGAUAAUUGUAUUUCCUUUGUGUGUUGGGACUUGUCCCUGUCUUCUGUGAAACUUGGUCUCACUCUAGUCUGUGCUGGCUGUUUUUCUUUUGUGUGUGAAUGUUUGAAACUAUGGUGCUGUGUCCUCUUCCCUCCUGUUAUGUUCUCUGUUCUUCUUAAGGUAUUAGGUAAGCUGUAUGUAAACUCUUAUUAGAAGGGGACUAAUUUUUUUAAAGGACAAAAAACAAAAACAAAAACAAAAAAUAGUGUUUUGUCUUCAUUGUCUGGUAUCUUUAUUUUGGUUUAAAAAUCUGUGGUUUGACUUAAAUUCUUAAAUUCAUCUGUUUUCCUUUUAAGGGGGGAUUGGGGUAGACCUAGCAACAGCUUAUAGUCUCUUCCCUUUUUGCCCCAGUCUCUUUUAAAGAACUGUCUUCUAGUAACUAGAAGUGAAAUGUACUGUCCAGUUACAGUUUGAGUGGGUAUGAGAUUUAACUCAAAAGGCAUCUUACGAAAAAAAAAAAAAAAAAAAAGCAGAUGUUUUCUUAUAAAAUCCAAUUCCUGUAAAUGUUUUCUCUGUGGUUCGUACUACCUACUUUUUAGUCAUUCUUUUCUCUUACUAUUGUAUAACGUUUGACUUGUUCAGAGGUUUGUUAGUAUUACUGUGCAUGCAUCUUGAGGUCUCAUCUCAAGUGUGUGUAUGAUCCAAGAUUUCAAUGAAUAUUGCAAGGUAACUAAUUCACUAAUUUCAUAAGUUUUUCUUUUGUCAAACUAAAGAUUAUCAAUUAAGAAUUUCAUCUGGUUGAUGUUAUACAAGAAAGCACAAUAUUUUUUGCCUUUUGGUCUUCUUUGUAAAAGUCUUCAGAUACUUGUGGGUUAAAAAUUGAAUGUAAUUUUAAGUGAUGGAUGCCUGGAAUACAAUUUAAAAUUUUUAUUUUUCCUUCCAAGUCUUCCAUUAAGUAUUCCACCAUUGGUGGAGAGUUAUGAGGGUGCUGAGAAAGUAUGAAUAACUUCCUGUUACUUUCUGACAUUUCGAAACUUAAAUAUAUCUUUUCAUUGAUACUGUGGGAUUUUCUGUAUUUACUUGAAAGUCAUGGAGGAUUUGGUCUGACUUGACAGGUUUAGACCAAGGCCGAGAAAAACAGAAGGGAGAAAUUAAUGGCAAAACAAAAACCACACAAACCUGUAGUUUCGGAAUUAACAAAACGAGAUUCAUCUAUUUGAAAUGUUGGUGUUCUAAUAUAUAGCAUUAUUUUCACUUGGAGGAAAUUACUUAUUCAACUUGCUCCCUUCUUCUGUAUUGUAAUAUUUUGUAUUAAGACAUGAUUUAAAAUGUCUUUGUACCCUUCUUAUCUCCUCUAAAGUGCAACUGGAGUUGCAAUUCUUCACUGUUAGUAUUUUAACUUCCAUGUUUAAUUAUUUCAAAGGUGUUUCUCACUACCUUCAUUAUAAAUUAUCUUGGUAAAGGUUACAGAAAGAAAAAUGGAAAAAUGGUAGGCCUUCGAUAUUGCUAAAGGCUAAGUCAUGAGAACUAUGCAGAUCCCUGAGUUUAGAAGUACAAGUAGAGCACUAGUAGUUAGCUUUCUAGCUGGGGGAGAAGACAGGACAUUUUCUUCCCACAGAUGUUUGUUUUGCUUCCUGAUAUGUACUGCAACAAAGCCAUGUUGACGUAGAUGCGGGACUUCCUCACUAAGCUGCUGCACCUGAGCUUUGCCUGCAUGCUUCAAAUUUGUGCCUCAGUAAAAUUAUAAAUUACUGCAUGUCAUACUUUGAAUAGUUGAAAAGGCAAACAUUAAACCUUUGAUUGCCCACAAUGUACUUUAAUAAUAAAAAAACAUGGCAGCCAGGUGCAGUGGAGUGCACCUGUAGUCAGGAGGCUGACGUGGGAAGAUUGCUGGAACCUGGGAGUUUGAGUCCAUCCUGGGCAACAGCAAGUCUCUGUCUCUCUCUCUCUCUCUCUGUCUCUCUCUCUCUCUCUCUGUCUCUCUCUCUCUCUCUCUCUCUCUCUCUCUCUCUCUCUCUCUCUGUCUAAAAAAAACAAAGGCUGACAGACCUGUAAGAUUAGCAUGAUUUUACCUGUGCUUUGCCACCUUUCUUCUCUACUAUUGUCUUUAGCAGGUGUCCAAAAAAAAUCUCUGUUCUUUUGUGUUUCUUCAUUUUUGGAUUCUGGAUGCAAUUCAGUGCAUGUAAAGAAACUCCUUGCUUGUCAGUAUUUUAAUUCUGUAGUACAUUUGUGUGAAUAUCAGCCAGUGCUUACAGUAGGAGGAUGAAAAGAAAAACUGAGAAAACCUCAAAGGAUGGCAUUAGCCACUUUUUAAGGGAGAAAGUGACAAUUUGGAGUGGGAUUUGAAAAGUGUAAAUUGUGGAAAAAUUGAGCUGUUGAAGUCCCACAUAUAACCAGGUUUAAUAAAGUUUCACAUGUGAAUUAGCUUCAUAUGUGUGUAGAAGGUUGCUUUUACAGUAAGUAGGUCCUUAAAUACUCAAUUUGAAAUUCCUCCUUUUUUUUCCUUUUCAAUUAAAGCAUAUCAUUACUUCUUUGGAUAUGAAUGUGCCAGGUGGUAUCUCAUACCGUAGUAUGAGAGAGAAAGAAUGGAUGUUAAUGUAUUUUUUGAAUUUUCGUCUUCUCUUGGCCUGGAUCAUAUCCAGUCACCACUAUGCAACAAAUGAUGUGCACUGGGCAAGGAUAUGAUGGGGUGGGGUAUUAAAGCUGCAUCUUGCUUGUUUGUUCUUUUGCAGUACUCCAAGUGGUCUAAACAGCAAUGUCUUGUAAACCUCAAGAUUCCCUGUUGAUUAUUCCCUUACAUAUUUAUUUACAAUUUAUCAGGGUAAUUGGUGGUGCCUUCCAAAAAAUAUAACCUGAUUUCUUGAUCUUUGA